GGUGGCAACUCUUGGCAAAAAAAAAGCCGCAUUUUUUACGUAAAUCUCAUUUUCCGUGAAUGCAACAAGUUUUCCGUGUUGUUCCACUCGAUUAUUUGAAUAUUUGGACCGGAUCGUCUUACUAGACCUAGGAUCACCAGCAGGAGCAUGAUCUACACCACCACACUGCUGUCCUCACGGGGCGGCCUCAUCGGCUCGCUGAUCAACAAAGUCAGGCAAGUUGUAGCCAAAGAUUGGCCACCCAGUGCUCCAUAUCGUGCCAAUGACACCGACCACAGACCCCUCCCCCUCACACCCCCCAGGCCCCUAGCCGCCGCCAGCAUCAGCAACAGUCCGGCGGGGCAGUCGAAAACGCUGGAGGAGCAGGUGGGCCUGCCGCCGCGUCCCAAGAAGCCGCUGACACCCUACUUCCGAUUCAUGCGUGAGCAGCGUCCCAAGCUGGUGGCCUCCAAUCCCAAGAUCACCACCAUCGAGGUAGUGCGCCAGUUGUCCAGGGAAUGGUCCGACGCCGAUGCCCAACUGAAGUUGCGCCUGCAGGCCGACUACAAGAAGGACCAGCAGAUCUACAUGGAGGAGCGCACCAAGUACGAUGCCACGCUCACGGACGAGCAGCGCGCUGAGAUCAAGCAGCUCAAGCAGGACAUCGUGGACGCCAAGGAGCGGCGCCAGCUGCGCAAGCGGGUCAAGGAGCUCGGGCGUCCCAAGAAGCCCGCCUCCGCCUUUCUGCGAUUCAUCGUCAGCGAACGCACCAACACCCCGCAAGCUGCCAAGCAGACCUACCGCGAGUGGCACCAGAAGACCACGGCCAAGUGGACCCGCCUCUCCGACUCCGAGAAGGAGGUCUAUAUGCAGGAGGCGCGCAAGGAGAUGGAGCUAUACAGGAAAGCGAUUACUGUUUGGGAGGAGAAGAUGAUUCGCCUGGGCCACAUCGACGUGGUGCGUCAUGGCAAUCUGAUCGAUCCGCCGGAGCCGAAGCCCCGCAAGUCGCAGGCCGCCAAAGAGAAAUAGUGCUAGCUGCUCAGCCAGCCUUCCGCCAUCACAUACUUCAUAGUUCACACUUCAUUCUGUUUUUUCGUUUUUCUUCUUUAAAAAUUGUUAAGGUUAAGGCAUUAAAGAUUAAAUGCUAGCCCGCAUAAGCUUAACUUAAAACCCCUUGUUCCUGCAUUUAGUUUUACGAUGGUACAUUUAGUCAUUUGGACUAUGUAAAUAGUUUCAGCAUUAAAUAUAGAGACAGUUUUUGACGAAAA